AUUACACCACGCCUUUCAGCAAUCAAGGCUUUCAUCUCCCCGAAGACGAAUCCAGUUCGUUUCUCGUUUCAUAUUUCUUCCCGCAUUUCAUCAUUGGUUGUCCUGAUAUUGACCCGUGAUCAGCGUACAUGUUCGUGUCCUUUCAUGGCACCAACGAAUUGCAUAUCGAAAACCUAGCUCACAAGGCCAUGGAUGAGAUAAGGAAAGAAAUAUUUGGCAUGUGGCCAGGGGGUUUGGAGCUGGACGAGCUACAAAACACUCAAUGGAGGGUGCGGUUCAAGAAUGCUCCUUGGUCUCUUCGCGAUGAAAAUGUACAAUGGGCAUGGAGGAUGUUGGUAAAGCUUUUCACGUUAUUCGAGGAACGGGGAUACUCGUACAACACCACCCUUGACGUUGGAACCUCCAGUCCUCGCUUGCACUUUGUCGCCAGUUCGCUAUCCAUCUGUCGAUUCUUUCUCGCCACAAUCUCGAAUGGUGGCCGUACUUUUACACUGAUAGAUCCUCCUAUGGAUGUCAUGCGAGAUUUGACUACUGGAUUGCAGGGUGCACUUCCAGGUCAUAUAUCCAAAGACGAGUUUGGUAGAUUGGGAGAAACCAAUCUACGUAUCGUAGAGUUGAGGAGACCUAUCUAUGGCAACGAAAUUACAUGUAACCAGUUUCACUGCCAGAUAUUGCGGAUUCUCAAACAUAUCGGUUAUAUGUUGUGUGCUACUUUACCGAUGGCUCGCAAGGGUCCUCUCUCUGCGAUCGGCAUUGGGACAAAGCAGGAAUUGUUGGUGCUCAAAUCAGUCAAAAGCUCGCCGGUUUCUUGACUUGAUCCAUAUAUCGUGUCCGUUUGCUUUGAGGUUAUCUAUCGUCGACGUACGUGUUCUAUGUAUUGUUCUAUAUUACGCCCAGUUCUCGUGUAGCCUUAUGUACCAUAUUGCUUUCUCUUCAUCGCAUUUCUACUGAUCUACGAUGGCUCGAUGACAGCUGCUGCAGAGGGCUGCAGAGCUUCCCAGCACAUGCUGUGCUUUGUGUCAGGGAUCUAGCAAAACAAACUCUGUCUUCAGUUGU